GAAAACAUCUGGCAACACGAACACAAAAAAAAAAUAAAUUAAUAAAGUAGCUUAAGUUUUAUAUUUCGCUCCAUAUCAUGGCCAACAAUUACUUGCAGCCUGUUAAUAAUCAUUUCACCGAUGACUUUGAUAAAUUAGCUGAUGUGGAUGAUGAUUUGUUUCUUAAGAACACUCGCCCCAAGCCCAGCCAAAGCCAGCGCAGCACAAAUCCAUUCGAGAAUGAUAACGACGAUGGUGACGAAGACUCCCCCACCGCCUCCUCGAUAGCUGCCCAACGCCAGGCGUAUGCUGAGAAACGUAGAGCAAUCGAGCAACGUACUCUGGACUCGACAAAUAAAAGUUUAGGGUUGCUCUAUGAAACUGAGGAAGUGGGCAAGGCCACGGCCGUGGAGCUGGCCAAGCAACGGGAACAAUUGGAAAAGACCUCGCAACAUUUGGAUGAAAUUCAGUCCACUCUACGAUUUAGUCAACGUCAUUUGAAUGGUUUGAAAAGCGUUUUCGGUGGCCUGAAAAACUAUUUAUCUGGCAAUCGUGAUCAGCCUCCAACGGCCACUGCCUCACCAACAGGUAGUCAAACAUCUUCGCAAGAAGCAAAUUCAAAUAUAGCCAGCGGUAGCAGCAGGGCUGUUCCACAGCCUCAAGCGACAUCGGCGGCGCAACGUUAUGAUAAUCAUCCAGUAAGUCGUCUACGUAGUGACGCCAGUUCAAGCAGUGCAUCAAUGCAACAGCAACGGGGCAAUCCCUUCCAGGCCCAAAUAGAUUCGAAUCUUGAUGACAUGUGCGAUAAUCUUUCACGCCUAAAAUUCCUGGCCACCGAUCUGGGUACUGAGAUUGAAUCGCAAAAUGAAUUGCUUGACAAUAUGAACUAUAAAAUUGAAGAUGUCGACCUUAAGAUGAACAAGCAGAAUAAGGAGAUAAAGAAAUUGCUGACAAAGUGAAUUCCGAAAUUAAUUAAAAUCUUUAAUGUGCAUAUAUAGCUAUAAAUAAUUUAUUCAUGUGUA